AUGGAGAAAGGCAAAGCCAUUAAAGAAGCUAAAACACUCAUUGUCAUCAAUAAUACUGAUGAUUCUGAUAGUCUUUCUUCUACCUCUAGUUACCCCUUUGAUAUUCAACAAAUUGAACAUGCUUUUUCUAAUCUCGAGAUUAAUCGACUAGUCAAUAAACGUGUCAACCCAACUAGUCUUACCAAAAAUUGGUACCCUAGACCGACACCUCCUGAUCUUCAAUAUGAAGAAAGAAAUAUUCAAAAUCAAUUUUCUGUCUCCUCUGAUAAACUCUAUGAAUGGAAUAUUGAUGGUUUAUCAGAACAAGAAAUUCUUAAUAAACUCAGUCAUAUUUCCAUGGUGGCUAAUAAUUAUGUUACCACACAUAAUCUUAGUCAACCCGAAAUAGUUGAUCUGCUAGCUUCAGGAUUUUCAGGGAUGUUAAAAUCUUGGUGGGAGAAACAUCUAACUGAAGAUUCUCGAACACAAAUAAAAAAUGCUAUUAAAAAAGACAAUGAUGGUCUUCCCAUUUUUGAUGAAGCCAUAGGUCGUGCUAUUCCUGAUGUAGUCAAUACUCUUGUUUAUACCAUAGUUGACCAUUUUAUAGGCACUCCAAGUAACAUCACCUCCAGAAUACAUGACCAACUUACAAAUCUCUCUUGCCCAACCAUGAGUGAUUUCAGAUGGUAUAAAGAUGUAUUCUUAUCUAGAGUUAUGAUGAGAGAUGAUAGUAACAAACCAUUCUGGAAAGAAAAAUUCAUUAAUGGGUUACCUAACCUCUUUGCUCACAAGAUUAGAGAUACCUUUAGUAAAGCUACAGGUAACAUUGAUUAUGAUAAUCUCACAUAUGGCAAUAUCAUCAGCUUAAUCCAAAAGGAAGGAUUAAGGAUGUGUAUUGACAUGAAAAUUAGUAACCAGUUACAAGAUGAUAGGAAAAGAGCUAAAUAUGAAAUGGGAACCUUUUGUGAACAAUAUGGUCUUCCACCCAUAGCUCCCUCUCGCCAAAAUCCCAAAUCACACAAGAAGAGUUACAAAAGUUACCGUAGGAACUACAAAAAUAAGAAACCAGUCUUUCCAAAAAAUGAAUAUUAUUCUCAAAAGCCUAAACCUAAAAACAAAUUUGAGAAAAAGAGCUUCAAGAGAAAGAAUAACCCUACUACCACAGAUGCUAGUAAGGUUAAAUGCCACAAAUGUGGUCGUCUAGGUCACUUUGCAAAGGAUUGUUAUGCAAAGAUAAAGAUCAAUCAGUUACAAAUCCCUAAUGAAAUUAAAGAAUCCAUUUACCAAAUUCUCCAGUUAAAAGACACUGAUGAUAGUAGUAGUGAUCCAGAAGUUGGUUCCUCUUCCUAG